AUGAAUUUUGUUUUUCCAGAAUGCUGUGGUGUUUGUUUUACUCUAUGGAAUACAAUUCGUCUACGAAUGGUGCUUUUAUGUUCGGUCGAUUUAUUUUAUAAUGCAUUAGUCGGUUUAGCAUUGUAUCAUUUUAUUGGUCCAUGGUAUAUUGGAUAUCUAACAGAUGGUUAUUUUGGUGCCGUUUUUCUUUGGGGUACAAUUAUUAGAGGAAUAUAUCUUCCACCUGAUAUGCAAACAUAUAUGGGAACUAUUCAAUUAAUUUUAUUUUUGUUUCCAUUUACAUUAUGUUUAUGUUCAUCAUGUUAUUAUCGUUAUAUUCAACUUCAAUCAAGCAUAAAUCUUGCUGAAUCUAAUUGUAAUCGUGCAGUCCGAAUAUUUACUGCUUAUGUUCUAUUUGUUUAUGCAGUUCUAUUUGUUUUAUUUUGGUCAUAUGUAACAACAGCAUCAUAUAAGUUAGCAUUGAUUAUGUCACCAUUUGGUUUUAUAUUAGCAAUAUUUUCAUUAUUUCUUUAUGUUAAAUCGAAACGAUUAAAAAUGGAAGAUUUUAAAUUUCAAUCAACAACAAAUGAUCAAGAUAAUUCCAUUAGUGAGAAUAUUAUUGAAAUUGAGGAUCGACAAGCUAUUAUAACAGGUAGAAGAAUUGGAAUAAAAGAUCAUUAA